UUUUCUUGAAAAUUCAUUGUUUGUUGAGAAUUCUGCUUUUUUUUUCAUUUUGUUUGCAGAUUAAUGAUCUUAGUUAGCAAUUUCUCAAAAUGGCCUCGUUUUAUUAAAAUUUUGAUUUAUUUUCCAGUUUUUUUCAUCUUGUCUCAUCAAAAUAGUAUUUGUUUACUAUAGUUUAGUGACCCACUUUUCGCAAACUAUUUUUCAAGGUAGAUUAUUUUUACAAAGCUUGCUCAGUAAUUGCAUAUUUCUAUGGAAAAUAAGGAAAAUAAACAACCGCAAAACAAAUUUAAAAUAAAAAAAACAAACUCUGUUUCAAAGUGGAGUAUAAAGACCUCGAAUGUUUCUAAUUAAUUGUUAUUUCAUUGAUUCUUUGUGAUAUAAAGAUUCUAAAAUUUCUUAUUUUGCUUUACAUUGUUCAAACAAUGAGAAAGCGAUGUUUUCAAAUUAAGGCAGGCUACAUCACGUCUACAAUUUCACAGUUUGACCUACUUACCCGUUCAAUAGAGUUAAGAAUGUAAGAUUAUCGCAAUAAUGUACUAAACUAUUCUAUUUCCAUGUUUUUUAUUUAUAACAUUUUUUAAAUUAAUUUAUACUGUCAAAGUAAAGUUAUUUAUAUACAUCAAAAAAUGCGCAGCGUUGCACUACUGAAAUAGCAAACAUAUAACGUUCACAAUUCCUUAACAUGUUAUUCUUAUUGUUUCAAUAGAAGACUAACCACAGGACUUACAGUAGGCAACUGAGCAGGAUUUCGAAAAAAUAACCAGGACCUUCUGCAUCCGAGAACUUUUUUUAUCUUCUCAGCCGAAGGUAUCUCGAGGACCUAUUAGUGCACACAAAAGUGUUAGUGGAAACUCCAUUAAAUUCUGAUUGUUUUAGUAAAGUUUAGAUGUUGCAUAAUCACAAUCAUCUUAUCAAAUAAUUAACUAUUUCAAAUAAUUGAAUUAGUUCAAUUUGUCUUUUUUAGAUUCAGAGAGCACAUUAAAACAACUUUUAUUUUAUUUAAAUAAAUAAUUUUCUUGCUUUAAAGUAAUGAGGAUAAAUUAGAUAUUUCUGGAACCUUAACCACAGUACUUUAUAUAAAUCAAAUAAAUAUAUUAUUUGAAUCAAACAAAGAUUGUCAAACAAUAAAUUUUCCUAAAUCAAAGAAUAAAAAAAACUACAUUAUGUAAAAUCAAAAACAUUUCUACGUCUUGUAAACAAAGAGGAUGAAACUAUUUCUUUAAUCUAAACAUUAGUUUUCUCUGGAUGCAGAUGAAAAAACCUUUCAUUAAAAGAAAAAUAAUAUAGAUAAACUCCUUAAAUUUUCGCUUCUAGUUGUAGGGUCUGUUAUAGAAGCCGAAUGGGACGCCUAGAAAUAAACUUUGAUCAGAAAAAAAAGGUUUCAUGCAGCUGUUUUCUGGUAUUUCUCCAGUGUUUUCAAUUAAUGCAGACAACCUGCUCGUCACUGUUUAUGUUUUUCUCGUUUUUCAGGUCACAGUCUAAAAAAUCUCAGUAUUUAAAUAGCCCGACCUCAGUUCCAGAAAUCAGUGCAAGAAAAUUGGACGAAUAGUUUAUUCUGUUAAAAGUAUACCUUUCUGAUUUUCUGGUAUAUUUUGUUGCGUUUACGAUGAUUCUGCCUGUUGUGGGGGUAGUUUCUUUCCUAGCAUACGAACAUCAUGAACAUAAGUUACACCAUCCGAAAGACGCAAAAGGGGAACUAAGAUUAUAUUAUGGCAUAGGAAAAAAGGAUUUAAAAGAUGAAUGUGACAAAAAUGAUGACCGUGACGAUGACAUUUUUUGGAAAAAAAUAGAAAAAACUCUUUUAGAUGUUAAAAAAGAUUUGGAGUUGAAAGUUAGCGACCGAAAAAAAUGGGACGAGCAGCACAAAGACGAUGAAUACAAGGCGCAGAAAAAGGUCAUUAAAACAGCUCUACCAUGCGCAAACGAUGAUAAAGUGUACGAGAAACUUACACACUAUAAGGAAUAUUACAGAAAACAUCGUACUAAAAGAAGAUAAAAAGAGUGACAGAAGAACCAAAAGACAAUAUAUAUGGCGAACUCGAAUGUUUCUACAAUCAAAUUAUAACAUAUUUUAAUUAUAAGUUUAUUUAUUAUAGUGGUUAAGCGUUCGUCUCUACACUUUAGAACUGGUAGGUCGAGAGUUCAAGUCUCGGUGGAUCCGUAGACUGACUUUGCAAAAAGUAGGGCUUUGACCGUAGUCUUUUCUUGGUGCACAAAUGUGUAAUGUAAUGUAACAAGCAAACUAUGUAAAAUUUAAUAAAAAUUUAUUAUUAUCAGCA